AUGAAUGCUUACGCGCCACAGGUGGGCCUAGACGAGGAGGAGAGGAGAUUUUGGGAGGUUUUGGAAGAGGUGAUUCGAGGCGUGCCUGGCUCGGAGAAGAUUUUCAUAGGAGGGGACUUUAAUGGGCACAUCGGGUCAGUGUCGUUAGGGUAUGAGGAAGUGCAUGGAGGCUUUGGUUUUGGGGUUAGGAAUGAUGAGGGAACUGCUCUUUUGGAUUUUGCGAGGGCCUUUGGGUUGGUGGUAGUGAAUUCCAGCUUUCCGAAGAAAAAAGAUCACCUGGUUACUUUUUGUAGUACGCUAGCUAAGACCCAAAUUGACUUUUUGCUGCUUAGGAAGGAGGACAGAGUUUUGUGUAAGGAUUGUAAGAUUUUCCCGAAUGAGAAUCUUGUGACCCAACAUAGACUUCUGGUGAUGGAUCUAGUUAUUAAAUGGGGCAAGAAGAGGAGGGGUGGGGAGGGUCGGCAUAGAGUUAGGUGGGGUGGCCUGACUCCGGCCAGUGCUUUGGAGAUAGGGGCAAAGUUGGAAGGGAUGGGGUGUUGGAGUGUAGGGGGAACGUGGAUAGUAUGUGGGAUAGGGCUGCGGGUUGCAUCAAGGAUACUGCUAGAGAGGUUUUGGGUGUUUCGAAGGGAUGGUCUGGUCGACAUCGGGGGGACUGGUGGUGGAGUGAAGAAGUUAAGAAAAAGGUGGAGACGAAGAAGGCGGCUACGUUAA